AAGGCGGAACUAGUAGGUCUUGGAAGAUGCAACGCGGAAGGACUUUCCGGAAGGACUUAUUUGUUGCCUACAAUUUUUGGUAUUAAAACUGCACUGGUGGAGGGAUGAGUUUAUUCCCUGCGAUUGGCACAGAGCUGCCAGAUGCAGCCAAUGGGGUGGCCGCACCUGUCUCCACGCAAACAUUCAACGACAAUGGCCCCCACAGCCACACCCAGGCUCCCCUGAGGUACGGAGGGGGCAGAGUACCUCAUCCUGGUCACAGAGUGGAGGAGGAAGAGGAAGGGUCUCUCGGAGAGAAUCACCUCCACUCUGAGACGGACCAACGUUCAAGAACCCACAGUACGGACUCCAAAAGGCAUGUGAAGUCGUCGCACAAGUCACGUGCUUCCAAAGCCUCCCUCGCCGCCGCCGCCACGCACACAACAGAUGCCGGACGACACACACAGUCUUCGAAGGCCCGGCACACCCCCGAGCCCCCUGGCGCAGCUCUGCGGUGGGCCCCAGUCAGUGCAGAAGAGACACAGUCCCUGGGAGAUGACGGGGAGAUGGAGAAACAAGAUGGGGAGGAGGAUGAGAAGGAGAGACAGUGGGUGGGUCAGCACGCAGAACCUGGUGAAGAACUGGGGUCCUCGCGGCGCUACUCCUCCUCGGCCCCGGGGCCCAGCUCCUGCGGCUCCUCCUCCUCCGCCCGGCCGCCGCCCCCCCCCCCGGAGGAGAGCCCCUGCCCGCCCCACGUCAUGGCCCAGGUGCGUGUGCGCAACGUGCCCGAGCGGGAGCGCAUCGUGCGGGGCAUGCAGGACAGCAAGAGCCUGGACGAGAUCAGCCAGGCUUGUGGAGGGGGUCUGGGGUCCCGGGGCGGCGGCCGGGGGGGCCAGUCUGAGGGCCGCAGGGCCACCAUCUCCUCAGCCUUGGAGCUGGAGGGCACGGUCAGCCAUGACGGAGACCUGACCCACUUCAUCACCAAGAACCUGGAGCAGAAGAUCAAGCUGAGCACCAAGCCCAGCCUGGACUGUAGCGACUCCGACUGCUCGGGGCCCAUCCUCCGCAGCCGCGGGUCGGCCCGGAGACCGGCGGACAUCCCGCCCAUCGACCCUGCCGUCCUAUUGGACCUCGAGAGACACACCCAGGAACUGGCUCGCAGUGUGGAGCUGAUGAUGCGUGGCCUCAACGGGGCCAUCCAGAAUAUGACUGCACUCAGCGUGGGCUACAUCCAGACCUAUCGGGACUCAGUGGACAGCCUGGGAGAGUCUGUGGACAUGAGCAUCAAGGGAAUGUACACCUUGAUGGCGCGUUGUGAGGAGCUGGAUCGCUCCAUGAAGCCCAUACACACCCUGGCCGCUCAGAUACACGACAUCAAGCGCACACUGGACGCGCUGGAGGCCAUCUGCAAGUAACCCCGCCCACCCCACCAAAGUCAUCCAAAAGCCAGCUGCUAAGAUCUAUAGAUCGAGCUCACCCGGAGCGCGCUAGAGAAAAGAACGGUACAAAGCGGGAAUCUCACAGGCAAACAAAAAAAGACAUUAGUAUACAUUUAUGACUGACCCCGCCCGCCUCUGCGACACCUGCUAUACCAACAAAACAAGCACUCCUCAGUGGCUCCGUCGUGAACUGGGAUGCUUUGGGACUCAUGGAAUACCUAUUGCCAGGAUCAGCACGGGAUCGAAUGCUAACCCCGUACUCCGGCAGACCACACGGCCACCGCAGACGGGAACUUUUAACCGUCAUGGAAACCUAGAAAUCGCCACUUGAUUUGUCAUUGAACCUGUCUGACCACUGUUUCUAGGCUAGAGCUGUACGUUCCAAAACAGAACCUUAAUCAUAAUCACAAACACACACACACACACAAACACAUUAAAAAAUACGCAUGUAUUAAACACAUACGCAAGUAUAUAACACAUAAGCACAGACAUACAGAAACACACCGUCCAGCCCACAUAGUUCAGAUUGCACUAACCUCUGCUCUCCUGAAGGGGGCAGGUUUUCCCUGUCUUUUUCCCGACCAGACGUUCACAGACUCCAGAAGUCUGAGGCACGAUUUGCACUGCAGCAGAAGAAUUUUUUAUUUGAAUGAUGAUAGCGACCGCUAUGGAAAACGUCACAUCCAUUUUAUGCCUUUAUUAUUUUCACAGAGGGGAUUGUUUGUAUGGUAUUAAUGCUUUGUUAGGACUGUAGGAUCAAUGGUCACACACUCCCGUCUCAUUCAUGACCAGGAACCUGCCCUAAAGACCAACCAAUUCAACAAAUUCCCCACUGGUAGCAUUGGUUUAAUGGAGAGCCGGGUACGUUGAUUUGCAUUGCUCAAAGGCGCACGGGUGGUAGGUCGAUUUUUCGUUUUAAUAGCAUUUUAGCUGAUGGUCUUUGAGUGAGUAAUGGGUCACUUACAGCCUAGCAUCUGCCACCUGCCAGGAGUUAAAGAUGUGGUUCAGUUGAGUUGGAGUCAGUCCCGUAGUUAAGUCCACAUCUGUACACGCAUCGGUGUGUCUGAUGCUACACGACCUCAGUGUCGUGAUCGGUUCAUGUCGUGAUGGGCUCAUAACCGUCGUCUUGGAUAGAACCACUGCUUUACUCUGCUUUUCCAAAAGAUGCAUAAUUCACGAAUCAUGUGUUAACCAUUAAUGUUACGAUGAGUCCUCUAAUUUCUUAAACAAACUCCCGAUGUGUUAUUCGUUAUUUAUUCUUCACUUCUGACAUUUUUACAGUUUAUAUUGUUCAUAUUUAUAUGAAACAGAAGAAAAUAUGGAGUAUGAUAAUAUAUUUUUUUCUUCGUUAAAUCCCCAAACAUCCACGCAGUACAUUUGAAUGCUUCACAGGUCGAUAUACUUUUUCUUUGCAUCUUUAUUUCAUUUUACAAUGGUCUACACCAACUAUGUGGCCAGUCACAGGGAAGAUCGUAUCGUUCACAGAAAGGUAUUGAUCAUCUUGACUCGCCAAAGUCUUGCCAGAGUUCCGGUGGAUCUGAAAGGCAACACUUUCCUCAAAGUUGUGGUCGUUCGGCCAUCUUGCUUUUCAUGGUGUGGAAAAAAACCCAUUUUAAAUGAUAAGAGGCGUCCCUUUUGUCAAUGCACUGGCAGAGAGCUUGGAAUGAGAUCCUGGUAGUCCUGGUGGUCCUGGCUCUCUAUUACCCCUGGUCCGUACCUAACACUGUUUACAGAAGGCCAUUGACACACACACAAAACGCGGUGAUGUCAUCGUUUGAAGUGUCAUCGCUAAAAUGCAAAAAAAAAAAAA